ACUCAGAAUGGGUUGCCCAGAAUAACAUGUCCUUAUUAUAAAGGGACAGUAAUGGCAAUCCCAUAUAAAUAUUUCCGAAAAAAAAAAAUAUCAGAUCCAACGGUCACCCCGACCCCUUCCGAAUUUCAACGGCUCGCGAUACGACGCAUAUAAACAAUUUGACGUCGUCGCCAUGAUCGGAUCGAGCGCUCUCCCAGCUCUCGAACCCUGAAUCGUCGAGGUCUUGUUUCAUGGAGUUUGAGGGCUCGGUUGAGAGAGAGAGAAAGCGGAGGGGUCGACUCUGAUCAACAAGAGCAGCUGAAUAACCACAAGUUGAUUGAUUAGGUUAAAAAAAAAAAAAGGAGUAAACAAAAAAAUGUCGUCGUCAAAUUCUCCGUGCGCAGCCUGCAAAUUUCUCAGGCGCAAGUGCACCCAGGAGUGCGUGUUUGCGCCGUACUUCCCGCCGGACCAGCCGCAGAAAUUUGCCAACGUUCACAAGGUGUUUGGGGCCAGCAAUGUUGCCAAGAUUCUAAACGAGCUGAGCGCCACGCAGCGCGAGGACGCGGUGAACUCCUUGGCCUACGAGGCCGAGGCCCGUCUCCGCGACCCCGUUUACGGCUGCGUCGGCCUCAUUUCUAUUCUUCAGCAGAGAUUGAAGCAAGUCCAGCUCGAUCUAUACAAUGCCAGAAAGGAGCUGGCUACUUACAUGGGCCCGCAGGCCAUGCUCUCGAUUCUUCAGCCGACAUCUUACAUGCCGCAGCAGAUUCAGGGCGGGAAUGCCUCCUCUUCCUCGGUGGUUGUGCCGUACAACAUGUCGUCUAUGAUGGGUAUUCCGACCGGGGCAGCCUCCGGCAGCGGUGGGCAGUUAAUGGUGAGAGAACAACAGCAACAGCAGCAGCAGCAGAUUUUCGAGGCUCAGCAAUUGUUGGCAGCGAGAGAGCAGCAGGAGAUGUUGAGAAGCUUUGAGCAGAACAAACAGGGAGCAUUGCAGGGUCAAGAACCGCCGCAUCAUCUGAGGUUUAACAGUGGGUUCGACUCGGUCAGUCAGAUGAGUCCUACUUCAGCAGCAGCUAAUAAUGCUAAUAUCUCACCUGCUUUGGCUCUGGGCUUUGAUCCUAACCCUUAUCAGAUUCAGCAACAACAAGAACCUCACCACCACCACCACCAUCUCCAGCUUCAGGCUUUGCUUCAAUCCCAACAGCAACCGCAGCAGCAGCAGCAAUCGCAGCAACAACAACCACCGCAGCUGCUGCCGCAGAAGGUCGAAGGCGAGGAUGGCAGAAGUAGGAGUGUGGGCCCAUCUUGUUAGAUGUUUACUUCCAGCUCCAUUUUUGCCCUUCCCCGCUUUUUCAUUAAACAAAGCUUCAUUCUGGUUUAUAUCUUCGCCCCCUGCAUACGACUGGAGAGAGUAAGAGAGACUUAUAGAGGAGAUUUGGAGAGGUUCAAAUCUGAGGGUCCGAUAUCUGCAUCAAUUUUGAGUUUCUAAAGAGAAUUAACUUGUGAUUGGAGAAACACAUUUCGAAGUUUAGGAUCGAUCUGCAUUGAUCUUCGAGUACAGUCUUAAAUUAUCUUCUGGACUGGUAGUAUUCAUAACUUGAUCAUCCUUUUUUGCAAACAUGUAAAUCUGAACUAGCUACUUCUCAUGCUUCCUUAAUCAGUAUCAUUAGUUUACUAUUACUAUUAUGACUAUCAUUAAUGUUACUGUUAUUGUUUGUUUGAUACCAUUGAGGCAUUGAGAUCUCUACCUAAAUAGAAUUUGACUUUAUAAUA